AAGUAGUUAAGUUAUAAGCAAGACAGGUUGUGUUGUAACACUGGGUAUAUUUAUUAAAACUGGAACGUAUGCAUUUUAUUUUGAAUCGGUGCGAAAUCGAAUCACGAACUGAAGAACUAAGUUAAAUCGACCGAUUUUAUAAUGUUUAGUUUCUUAAGGAUAUGUUUGGAGUUUAUAUUAAGUGUCCAUGGACUUUUCCAGAAAGUAGCCCGAAGAAAACCCUACAUUUCAAUCAUCACCCGUUCAAUACCCGGCGAAAUCUUCUUAGCAUUCUCAACUUUAACAAUUUCAACAAUACUGUGCACAAUUUCUGGAAUAAUCUUAUUUUUUCUCACCAUAUAUCGUUACGUAAUUGACAAAUACUUGCGAUUAAAACACAAAAAUGAUUACGUCGGCCUAAUACAUGGAACAGACGCCGUUUGGGCUAUCGAAGAUAACUCCAGAGGAAUCAUAAAUGGUCUGAUGAUAAUCGAAACCGAUUAUGAACCGGAAGAGUUUUUCGUCCGAAUGAAAAAACGCGUUUGUAAUUCUUUGUUGAAAUCGAAAAAGUUUCGAUAUGUUCGAGGAAAAUUCGGCGGUUAUUUGUAUUAUUUAAGGAAUCGAAUGCGCGAUGAUGAUGUUGUUGGGAAAAUUGAAAUAAUUAAAAAUGGGGAAGAAUUAGAUAAAGAUGAGUUGAUGAUUUUGUUAUCGAAUUAUUGUAAUAAAAAAUUGCCUUACGAUGAUUGUGGAACGAAUGAGGUUCUAAUCGGUUUACAAUCGGUGAAAUGGCGGGGAAAUAAGAAAUGUAAGUAUCAAUAUCCGGUUUUAUACCGAUUACAUCAUUGUAUCGGUGAUGGGAUUUCAAUGCAACAAUUGGUGAUGAAAACUUUAACGGAUGGAAAUGUUACAACGGUAAUUAGCGAAAUUUUAAAGAAAGACGAUGGUGGAAAGAAAAAGAAAGGUGAUGGUUUAUGGAAAAUUUUUAUGAAAAUAGUUCGAUUAUCAGCACAUCGAUUAGCUUAUUUAGAAGAAAAAGAAGUAAAUUUUAUUCAUGGAAAAGAACUUUCCGGCGAAAAACAUUUAGUUUGUUGCGUUGAAGAUGAACCAGAACACUUAGAAAUGAUCAAAAACAUUAAAAAGAAUUUAGGAGAAGGUGGAUUUUCGGAGGUUUGCGUUUCUGCCGUUGCAGCAAGUUUCUCUGAUUAUUUUCAUCAGAAUCAAAAGAAAGAAAAUAUACCCAAAAUUAUUUCCGCUGCGGUUACAGUGAUACCACCAAACGAAAAAAUCGAUAUAAAUGAUCCAAAAAUUCCUACGCAUAACCGGUUUUCUUUGACUUUAGUCGGAUUACAACUUGAAAAGAAAGAAUCGAUUUUAGAUGUUUUAAAAUAUACAAGAAAUGAAUUUAAUUGUAUCAAAAAUGCGAUUGAUGUUGUUUGGAAUUAUUGGCAAAUGAAACACAUUUUUGGUUUAUUACCAACAUCAACAGUAAAAUCCCUAAUGGAUCGCGCUGAUAGUAGCAUUGGGUUUAGUAUUUUACCCGGGACGAAUUUAGUGACGAUUUGUGAUGGAUUAAAAGUGUUGGAUUUUAUAUUUUGGAUACCGAACAAAGCUAUAGUUGGAUUAGGAAUAUCUCUUUAUACUUAUGACGAUCGAAUUCAGCUGGGUUUAUUGGCGGAUAAAACCGUCUUACCGAAAUAUGAAGACGCAAAAAUGAUUUUAAAAGGAAUUUUUAGUAAUAUUGAGAAUAUGUAUAUCGCAAGUCUUGAGGAAAAAAAGAAUGAAAUGAAAUAAAAUUAGAUUAGUUUAUUAA